AUGAAGGCCAGGCCAUCCCCCUCAGGUGGAGAUGAAGGCCAGGUCAGCCCUCCAGGAGGAGAUGAUGGCCAGGUCAACCCCUCAGGUGGAGAUGAUGGCCAGGUCAGCCUCCCAGGUGGAGAUGAAGGCAAAGUCAGCCCCCAGGUGAAGAUGAGGGCCAGGUCAGCCCCCCCAGGUGUAGAUGAAGGCCAGAUCAGACCCCCACAGGUGGAGAUGAAGGCCAUUACAGGCCCCCCAGGUGGAGAUGAGAGCCAGGUCAGCCCCCCUCAGGUGGAGAUGAAGGCCAGGUCAGCCCCCCAGGUGGAGAUGAAGGCCAGGGCAGCCCCCCCCCAAGGGGAAGAUGAAGACCAGGUCACCCCCCCCCCAGGAGGAGAUGAAGGCCAGGUCAGCCCUCCAGUUGAAGAUGAAGGCCAGGUCAACCCCACCAGGUGGAGAUGA